AUGGAGAGCAGCUCGCAGUCAACCCCUGUGGCUAAGCCAGCUCGACGCUAUCGCUCGACUGUAGCGUGCGACGCCUGUCGGCAGCGCAAAGACGGCGCCGAUUGCGUGGUGACUGCAAGGAAACCAAAAGUCACCCCAAAGGCCCGGAAGCAUGCAAGUAAUCGCUCACAACGAUCCUCCUCGAGGGUACGUGGGCUUGCUGUCGAUAGUGACACCAUGACAACGGAUCCGCGGCAACCGGCUCCUCGUCGAGAAGAGGACUUGGUUCACGACCAGAACAGUCGUGAGGAGGAAGAAAAUGGACUUGAAAUUGCCUCGGCUGCCUUGGGGCAGUCGCAAACAACUGGCGGAGUCCCUUUCUAUACGGGCGAAAAGACAGGACCGACGUCGGCAUUGGAAUUGUGUUCACCAGGCACAGCUCUUCAACGGCAUUUACUCAUUCCGUCACGAGCUAGGAAACCCAUACCGGAGGAAGACCGGAAGUUCCUUCUAGCCAAAGGUGUCUUUGCCUUACCAGGGAAUGAUACUUGCGCGAGUCUUCUGCGAGCCUACAUGUCCCAUGUGCACCCCAUUAUGCCAAUCAUUGAAAUAGACCAAAUAUUGAACCACUAUCAUGAUGGGCGCCUACACGAAUAUAAUAUUCUUCUCUUAUGGUGUAUUUUUUUUGCUGCAGUCAACUUUAUUCCAGCGUCUGUUGUUCAGAAAGAAGGAUACAAGUCGCGGAAGGAAAUGAAAAGUGUCCUGUAUUCCCGAGCGAAGUGCAUGUACAGCAAUGGCGGAGAGAGAGACAAAAUUGCUCUUCUACAGGCUUCGCUUCUUCUGGGCUUCUGGCAUUCUGAGCUUGAUGAGCACAUGCAGCCUUGGUACUGGACCGGAAUCGCAAUUUCACUUUGUCAGGUCCUUGGAUUACACCGUAACCCGGACGGGUCAAGAUAUAAUCCUAACUUCACUGAGCAGCAGCGAAUGUUAUGGCGUCGUCUUUGGUGGAGUUGCUUUUUCCGCGACCGAUGGCUCGGUCUCACUUACGGGAGACCGCUGCGCAUCAAUAUACAGGACUGCGAUACUCCCAUGCCACUGGCCUCUGAUCUACUUUACGAUGUUGCGGCUGUACCCGGAUUCCUUUCUGAUGCUUUCAUACCGAAAGAAAUGACGCAGUUGGGCCGGUACUGGGUUAUGCUAGUUGAUCUCAGUAAGGUAUUGGGUGAAUGUCUAAUGAAUUACCAGGUCAUGAAACCCAUGCCGUCCCUUGAUGAAGUUGAGGCCCUCGAGACAAAGCUGCUUCGGUGCCAGUUACCUGAUAAGUACGAAAAAGGCCUGACACGGCUAGCUACAUUUAAUUGUUAUCACGUCCAUUUGCACUACCAGGCACUUGCGAUCACAUUCUAUCGUCCAUUCUCGUCGGAAACUGCUGAUACACUUCCAUCUAAUUACCCUGAAGAUUGGUGCCUUCGAAUGCGACUCAAAGCUGAUGCUGCAGCCUCUCAGACUACUGGCAUUCUUGAAACAUUGGCCCAGAAUAAUUUGCUAGAUUUUGCGGGUCCUAUGACACUCCAUAAGAUUGAAAUGUUGAUGCUAAUCAUGGAAGAGCUUCAAAAGACGUAUACUGUUGCGUCUCUAUACCGCGGAAUAUUCGUGAAAGCCAUUCAACAAUUGUUUCCCACUUACCGGCCGUGCACAUCUCCAUCCGCUCAAGCUGCUGGUGUCAAUCAAGAGAACGCCACGAAUCCAUCCGCCUCAUUAAACGCAGAACCUAUCACGGGAGUUCCUUUCGAGGACAGCCAGUAUGGAAUGGGCGUAGUCUUCAAUGACGGCCUGGUGGAUGCACUCAUGGACCAUGCUUCGCUUUUUAAUAUCUGGGAACAUUGGGAAUCGAGUUGA